ACAAUUUUUUUCUAGUCAUAAUUAAUCUCUGAGACGAAAAUGGGCAAAAGUAAAUCGGACAAAGAUCGGGGUUCAGAAUUCAUCACGAAAAAGGAAGAUCAUAUACAAGAAAAAUCAUACUUGGCCAAAGAAAUUCAGACUUCCAUAGCAUUACUCGAAAGUCCAGAAAACAAUAUAGUCUUGGAAGCGUUACUUUUCCUGUCAAAAUACGGAGACAUAAAAGACGAAAACAUAUUAUAUCUUCAACUCCACGGCAUCAUACCAAAAGUCUUGAAACUGUUGAAUCGCAACGUGUGCAUUUUAAGGAUGAGUCUUAGAUUAAUCUCUAUUCUCUUGAAAAUCGACGAAACAGUCUACGAAUUGGAUCAGGAUAUUUACAAUGAAAAAAUACUAAAAAUAGCGGAAAUGUUUAUGUCCCAUCAGGAUGAAUAUGUUAGAGAAUUCUGCUUUCCAAUUUUAUCCCGUUUGGCAACAUCUAAUAGAAUUACUUGUUUAAUUUUCAGUGUGGAUCUCUUCACACCUGUCUAUAGCACUUUGGAAGAAGCGGAAAAGGGAUCCCUUAUUAAAGAUGCGUUGGAUUUGGUGUACAUCCUGCUGAACGCGCCUGCCGCAAUAGUUAUGCUACCUGAUUUGUCCUUUGAUCCCUUGCUGAUAUUAAAACAUCUAGAUCACCCUGACGUAGAAAUACAAAAUAAGGUAUUGGAAGUUAUUAGGAAGUUAACUUUCUAUCAAAUAGAGGCUAUUCAAGCAAUUUUUCAACAAGCUAGACUAGUUGAAAGAAUGAUCACCAUGCUAAUAGAUGAUCAAAUGAAAAGACAUCGAAAGAAAGCCUUGAGUAUUAUAAUGAAUUGCAUGGAGAGCGACCAAACAAACACACAGUUCAUUAAUACGUUGGAGUUCAUUAAACUAAAUAAUUGGGUUAAGAGUUGCCCAUUAGAGUUAUUACCGUCGGUUUCCGAUAUAUUUUGCAAAAUCACAUCUAUUCCAGAACUGAGACAAGUCCUAUUCGAUUUGUCUGUGGAAGACUCAAUUUUAUCUUUCUUUCGCAGUUCUGAAAAGAAGGUUCUAAAUAAUACAUGUCAAGCUAUCACAAAUUUGUCCGAGCAUACCUACUGUUGUCAAAGAAUGCUAACUCCCGUAGUUCUGAAAGAAAUAUUAGCUAUAUUAAGGAGAAAUGAUCUAGACAUAGAUCCAGAGAAUGAGGUGGCCUUAAAGACUUUGCAUGGAUUUGCAGUCAGAAAUUACGUGGAAACUAUACAAAUGUUGAUGGAAAAUAAUGGAUUGUCUGUGAUUUUGGAUUAUCUAAAGAAAGGUACAGAAAACUUAACGGAAGAGAGUUUUUCGAAAGUGCUCCAUAUGCUAAAUAUGAUCUCAGUGCAUCCAGCUUGCGAGGAUUCCAUGUUAAACGAUGGUUUUUUUGAGGAAAUAUUCAAACAUUUAUCCAAUCCAUAUAUCGAGGUUGUUAAAGCUGCAACUGAAAUACUUAUUAACUUCAUUCCAUUGGAAAUAUUUAGAAAUUAUUUUAUUCGCAUUAAAGGAGCCGAAUUUAUUAUUAAACUAUUAAAACAGACUAAAUGCAAACAAAUAUUGAAAGGCUUAUUAGUUUUUAUUCACAGUAUAUUGGCUUACAGAGAAAUAGCUGAUGAAUUCCUUCGGAAUAAAAUUGUAGUUGCUAUUAAUGAAUUGCCGGAACUUAUACGUUCAAACGUUCCCCUUUUCGAUAGAAUACUGAAAAUAAUUUAUAAUAUGUAUUUACCAAUAAAAUUUCACGAAACUGGGCGAAUUGAUGUCAUGAAUAAAUUGGAGAGUCGUUUUUAUAUAAUCACAGGACGUUGGACUUAUCCGUUUGUAUUUUUAGAAGUAUACGAGACCUUAAUGAAAUGCCCCAUAAAUACUAUUUAUGUUGUUGAUUAUUCAAAUAUUGGUCCGACAUGUGAAGACAAUGCAAGCUUUUCAUCUGUUCAAACUUUGGAGUCUGCGGAAAGCUUAGAAGAAAUGAUAAACUUUAAAUUGGUUCCUUAUGAUCCUUACUUGCCUAGAUACAUUGCUCAUAUACAAAAGUAUAUAAGAACUGACAUGUGUCUACCACACAAAGUUAAACUUUUGGCCGAAUAUGUGGAGACAUUGCUAUGUGGUCCGGAUCCAGAGGCACUAUUGCCACAAAAACUCCAUCACUUUAAGUUACACCAUGAGAGUCUUAAGGAGAAGCUGUCUUCAAAUGUUAUUCCCGUGGGUUACUUAAGACUGGGUUUUCACUGUGAACGGGCUCUGCUUUUUAAAGCGAUAGCUGAUAAAGUCGGGAUUCCAACGUCGUUCGUAAAGGGAAGAAACAAAAUUUAUUGGAAUGAAGUUAUAUUAAUCAAGGAGUAUGAUGACUGUGAUGUUGCGAUGUGUUGUAGAAAUUUAUGUGUGUAUAUUGUUGAUCUCAUGGACAAAAUCGGUGAACUUUUGCCAGUUGGAAGUAAAGAAGCCAAUGCGUACUGUCAAAUUUAUGAUUAAAUGUUGUAAUCACUUCAUUAAUUCAAUAUAUUUUAUUAAAUAAUGAAAUAA